AUGCAGCGAAUUGUCAAUCGUUUCACUCCCUGUAUAGUGGUAUACAAACACACACUAAGAUACUUCGCUAACACCAGUCUGGAGGUGAUUGAAGCUAUGGACAAUGAAAUUGAGAUGAUUGAGCAGGGGGCGCGCUCAAAAUUACUCCCAACGACGCUGAAAUUCGCCAACUUAACCAAUAACCGAAUCAUGUUUGGCGCGUAUUGGAAGGAUAUGCUGUCACUCACAGGGCUGGAAAAACUCCAUCUGGACGGAUAUCAGAAUCCUGUAAAGUUCCCGCUCUUUUUCCCUUCAACAGAUUUCCAGUGUCAACGUCCCAGCGGAGAUAAACAUGAACCAUUUCAAGCCGCUGGCGAGUUUAGUGAAAAAUGUAUCUGUGGGCCAGAUGAAUGUUCGUUAGAGGAGGACGAUGAUUUCAUCCUGCCCCUACCUCCAAACCUACUCAAUCUGACGAUGCAUAGCAAUUCCCUAGCAUAUAAAGUCGGCAAUAUUAGGUUCUGUGCUAACAACAGCCUCAGCAGUGUGGAUCUGAGCGGGAAUAUGUUCCCUUAUUUGGAAGGCCCUAUCACAGGACUCAACAAACUCAAAUACUUAAACAUAUCCAGCUGUUUUAUACAAACGAUAGACGCUGAAUAUUUUAACUUCUUAUUCAGUUUGGAAUAUCUAAACCUGUUUCAGAAUUUGUUGGGAGAUUGCUUGGACAAAGAUAUGAACGGCAGUAUUUUUGACCAUCUCAAAAAUUUAAAAUAUUUGAACUUAUCAUUUAAUAACAUAUUCCGAUUUCACUGGCCAGUUUUCAAAGAUCUGGAAGACUUAGAAAUUCUUGACCUCUCAACUAACAGAAUAAGUCAUAUCAACUUCAAAGUCGACCACAUGAAAAAUUUAACAUUUUUGGAUCUGCACAAAAAUGACAUAGCCGAUUUGCCGAAAGAUAUGAGAGACUUGAUAGAUUCUCUGCUAAAUGCCAACAAGUCAGUGAAAGUCGACAUGCGCGAUAAUCCUAUCUACUGUGAAUGCUCUAACUUGGCCUUUCUAGAAUGGGUUGUUCGAACGAAUAUAUUCGGGGAUAACUAUACACAUUACUACUGCAAGUACCCUGUAGAAAACCAGACUGCUGUGGAAAUGAGUCAGGGUUAUGCAGAGGAGUUGGUGAAACUAAGAAAGCAGUGCGCCACCCACGUAGGUUUGUUUCUGGGAGUCAUUGGGGGAACUAUUCUGGUGGUGACUUUCAUUACUGGACUCCUGCUCUACCGCUUCAGGUGGACUCUCAGAUACUGGUACCAUGCAGCAAAGUUGAAGAUCUACUCUAACCCAGACAAGAUCAGCGAAGAGUUUGACUACGAUGUGUUUGUCAGCUACGCCAGUGAUGAUGUUGAUUUUGUCCUUCAGGAGUUAUCCCCUCACCUGAGUGCUGAGAGACAUCUGAAGCUGCUGGUUCAUGGGGAGAACUUCCAGACCGGUCGACAUAUAACAGACAACAUCUACAUGGCGGUGCGGCAGUCUCACAAGACCCUGGUGGUUCUAACCAAGAACAUGCUCAAGAGUCACUGGUGCACCUACGAACUGCAGAUGGCGCGGAUGGAGAGCAUCAACACUGGUCGCGAUGUGCUGGUCUUCUUGUUACUGGAGGAGAUUCCGGCGCACCUGAUGAGUGUCAAUAUGCUGUCCUACAUUAAGACCAGCACCUAUAUAUCUUAUCCCAGGGAAGCCCAGCAUAGGGAUGUCUUCUGGAACAAGCUUGCAGCCGACCUCAGAGCGGCCUAA